AUGAUGCUCAAGGCCACCUCCGCCAAGGCCGGCGUUCGCGCCCAGGCCGCCCGCACCCGCUCCGUCGCGGUGCGUGCCCAGGCCCAGGACGCGCCUUCGGCCGUCUCGCGCGCCCUCGGCGUCGCCGCCGCCUCUGUUGUGGCCGCGACCACCCUGUUCGGCGGCGCCGCGUUUGCUGAGGCCGACCUUGCUCUGGGCAAGGCCGUGUUCGACGGCAACUGCGCUGCUUGCCACGCUGGCGGCGGCAACAACGUCAUCCCCGACCACACCCUGCAGAAGGCGGCCAUUGAGCAGUUCCUGGAUGGCGGCUUCAACAUCGAGGCCAUUGUCUACCAGAUUGAGAACGGCAAGGGCGCCAUGCCCGCCUGGGACGGCCGCCUGGAUGAGGACGAGAUCGCGGGCGUUGCUGCUUACGUGUACGACCAGGCCGCCGGCAACAAGUGGUGA